GGCAGGGCAUUGCAGCGUACACAAAAACACAUACAGAUCCACAGAUCCACUUGAUUUGGCAGACACACGACACACUGCCCUCUCCAAAGACACACAGAGUUUUCCCAUCCCAUCCAUCGGUCACAUCUACUCACAUCGUCACCCUGCCUGUGCCCUGCCCCAUCCGCCUCACAUCCACAACCGCACGGCCAGCCUGAUGUGGUGGCUGGGGGUGUGGGUGGGUCUGGCCGCUGCUCACGGCGGCCGGCGCGUCUGCUGCACCAGGGGAGCCAUUGAUGAGCCCAUGGUGGUCUUGUGCAGUGCCGCUGCCAUAGUGCUGCAGCUGCAGCUGGCCACAGGCGCCCUGGAUGUCCAGACCCCUGGGCUCCCUCACUGUACACGUGAACUUGUAGCUAUGCGCCGCCUGCACCACACACAUCACACACAUCGAUUGCGUCUGUCUGGUGCACCUGUCAGUGUGUGCGUGGCGCGGGCAUGGCUGCGUACGUCUCUGAAGGCCUGGAUUCUGUCGCGUGAAGGUGUCCGGAGUGCCUCGUCGCUGCCGGUCCAAGGGCUGAAGGGCAGCAGGUUGAGCCUGACUCGGUCCUUGCCGGGUAUCCUGGUGAGUGGGUCGAUCAGCGACACGAACGAGUCGAUCUGCUCGGGCAGGUCGGUGAUGCCCACGAUCAGCAGGAGCUCGAUGAACAGGUUGCGCGAGUCGCGACGUUGCCUUAUCACGCCCCUGCAAACAAGGAAAUGCAGGAUGAUAUGGCGUUCUUCUUGUCUGUUCGCCUCUUUGUCGUUCUGUCCUCUAUACUCGAAUGCGUCUCUGAGUUCCUCCAGUGAGUGCGUCAUGGUUGGCACCAGCAGCCGACGGGCCUCUUGAUCAGCCUGCACCCAUCGAUCCAUCCAUCCAUCCAUCCACAGUUCCAUCAGAGAGACGGUGGCUUGUUUCUUGUGUUGUGUUACUUACCGUGAGGAGUGCCCACGAGAGGACGGUGUUGAGGUUGGCCAGGCCGUGGAUGGCCUCAGGCGACGGGCCCAUCGUACUCACCGACAAACGGGACGGACCGAAGGCAAAGCCGCCCUGGUCGAGCAAGAUCUGAUGCACCGACACCCACAGUUUAAACAAGCGCCAGAAAUGCGUGUGUGUCUUUGGUUUUUGUCACCUCGCACGCUUUGCUGAGGUUGUGGAUGUUCUCUGUGGGCUCGCCCAUGCCGGCCACCACACACGUCUGCACAGGAGGCAGCCCGUACCUGUCACACACACACACACCGUGCAGACAAACAGACUCUGUGUGUGUGUGUUUGUCUGAGUGUGGGUUGCUCACUCUCUGGCGAGUUUGAUGGCCAGGUAGACCUGCCCCACAAUCUCAUCGACCUCCAGGUUCCGACGGAGCCCAAACGCACCGCUCGCACACGGACGACACGAAUGGCUGCAGCCAACCUGCAGCCGACGAGAGGAGGAGAAACACAAACACCAGCAUUCCCGGCAUGUAGCCAUUUCCCUCCCUCCCUCCCUCCCACUGACUGACUGACUGACUGACCUGUGUGGAUAUGCACACGGACGUCUUCUUGACGUGUGGCAGCAGCAUCGUCUCGAUCCGCUCCCCGUCACCCAGCCGCACAUCCAUCUUGACCGCACCAUCAGCGCUCCGCUGCAGCCCCGCCACAUCCACAGGUGGCCGAUCCACCACCGUCUGGAAGAUGUGUGAAAAUGCCCCCGAGAAGCCGUACCGGCCCUCCAGCUCCCGGGGCUCCAUCAUCCACGGGUCUGCCCCAUCCCUCAGCACCUUCCACACCUUCUUGGCACGCCCCUCGCCAUUGAGCUUGUAGCCCAGCUCGCCCGGCGUCAUGGCCAAGAGGUCGGGCAAGCGCCGGUUGGACGGCAUCUGGAAGGACGAGAUGGACCGACGCCGCCCCCCUUGCUGAUAGCCAUAGCUGGUGCCGUAGGAACGUGACGGCGAGUGUGAUGGAGCAGGGGGUAGAUAGCGAGGCAUAGAGGGUGCCGGGCGUCGGAGGACGGUGGAGCCAUCGGUCCAGCCGAGCGGGGUGCUGGCCGGUUGCUGCCUGGGGGUAGGGGGAGGUGUACGUGGGGACUGCGUCGGUCGCUGCAACGACGGUAGUAGAUGAGAUGGGACAUUGUUGCUGUUGACCUGCGGUCUCGCAGAAGGAACCGGCGAGCGAUCCGCAUGAGUGCGUCCGCUCUCGCUAGUGACAGCCGUGUGCUCAUCGACCACUUGCGUCCUUCCCUCCGCUGCCUGAUGCUCCAUUGCCUCGACAUCUCCCAUCUGUUCUUGCCUCAGCCGCGCUCUCUCCCGCUGCCCUCUCAGCGUCUUCUGCGACCGAGGCCGCUCCACAGGCCGACGGCGGGGCAGCCGGUGGCCCACCUUCAGACGCAGACGCGGUGACUCAGACGAGGAGCCGCAGAAGGUCUCCAGCUCCUGGAAGUAGACCGACUCGAACGACAGUUGUGACUCAUCGUCUGCCUUCUUCAGCCUGGCGCGAGCAGGUACGUGGCGGUAGGGACGGGCGAGGCGGCGUGAUGGUCGCUGUAGGUGAGGAGGGAGGAAGGAUGGGCAGAUCUCGGCAUGCAUGAGGUGCCAUAGAAGGCAAAACGUUGCGAAGCUGAAGAGCCACAUGACGCUGUAAGGGAGGCUGGUGGGACAGUCUCUAUGGACUCUGCCUCUCUCCUGCAUCAUCC